AUGAAGCUAUCAUCAAUCGCUUCAAGCUUUCUGGGCCUGCUCUCAACGCAGGAGCCAAGCACCGCACCAAGCCACACCCCGACCUACUCCCCGUCGGUCUAUAUACUCCAGACCACACCACAAGCCACAAGAGCCUCAGCCGAAGCGCUGCGAGCACUGGGAUACAGCCGAGCCUGCACCGGCCCCGAGGCACAAUGCAGCCAGUCCGGGCCUACCUACUCCGAGCUCAGCACGGGCGAGGACGCCCUAGACGCCUUCAGGCCCAACGGCGACUCCAAGUUCAUCAUCCCCUGGGACCUACGGGCACAGCAUAGCAGCACACAGGUCCGCGGCCACCAGAAGAGGUCUGCGUCAUCAGACCAAGCGUCCGCCAACGACACCGCCGCGCGCGCCGCGUCGGUCCGGGCUUUCUACUCCCAGGCGAAGGACUCGGAUCGGCUGCUGGAGCUGGAUGUGUACGCGUCCGGUCAGGGGGUGGAGCAGGAUAAGUGGAUAGACCUAUGUUCGUUCUUGGGCCUCGGCUAUAGCAUGGUCGAGAGGCAGAAGCUGUGGUAUUUCCCGAAAUAG